UGGGAUACGAAGUUGAUGAGGCCGGCUGUCGACGUCAGGAACCCACAUCCCGGCCGAGGGUCCCUGGCACUCCAAACUGGCUGCAGACAGAGUCUGCUUGGAUAUAUACAUAUGCCACAGAGGAAUAGGGGGCUGCAACGAUUAUCAUCAAAAUCAGAGACUCUGCAUCCCUGCCGAGACAAUCUGUGGAUGGGUCAUGGGUGCGGUGCAGGCGCGUGGUCGUGGCGCACUUUGAACGCAUCCAUCAUCGAAUCGCCCGAGUGGAGGAACCAGCCAAGACCAAGUUCAAGCCCAGGAGAUGGAGGUGGGUGAAUGUGGAUUAGGUAUGGAUGGGAUGGGAGACACUAAGUUAGAGCCUAGAGGUACCGACUGAGAAGGGCUAGGAUGCUAUGCUAUGGGGAUGGGGGGUCGCAUCUUUUCAUUCCCAAGUUCAAAAGACGUUUCAAUAGACUUUCUUUUUCUCUUUCCCUUCCAUUGCAUUUUCCAUCUUGUCUUUUCGCCGCUUUUGCUUGCUUCGUUAAGCCCAGCCCGUGAUAGAAAUAUCCGGGUGUUCCACUCCUUUUCCACAACCAUAACUCUAACCUAAAACAUCUACUUCCAUGAGUUCAUCAUGUUACCUGCGAUGAACCGCUUCACACGCAUCGCGCUAGCCGUGAUUGCUGUGCUCUUUGUCUUCGCUAUAUUGGUGUCUUACCAGGCGCCCGAGAGCUUUAAGGAUCAUUUACCAAGCGCAGACUGGCAUUGGCCUUCGAAAGGCGACAAUGUCACUAUCGACGAGCCCCCAAAGCCUACCGACGCCGCUGGCGCCGUGGGCGCUGGAGAGGAGGACACAGAAUUGGACAAGGACCCCAACACAGACAUCUCCUACGAUUUGACUCGAGCUCCUACACCGGGUUGCGAGAACAUCGUCAACGAUUUACAGCAGCGUCUCAUCCAUGCCUACCAGAAGAGGUUCGAAGGAAUUCGCUAUGCCAACAUCUGGGGUUAUCUCGAGACGGAGAACAAGGGUGAUGCUGCGAUUUGGUCCGCACAGCAGAUUCUGCUGAGUAUCCUUGGAAUCGAGACUAUGGAAGCCUGCCGCUUCAUGUACAAGGACUGCGACAUUGCAAAGUUCCGCAGAAAGUUGGAGGAGCACCGCCCACACUCUGGUAUCAUCAUGGCUGGUGGUGGCAACUUCAACGAUUACUACUGGGAGGACCAACCUUCGCGCAUGAACAUGAUUGAGAACUUCCUCAACGUCUCCAUCCGAGCUUUCCCCCAGAGUAUCUACAUGACCAACCCCGAGAGGAUUGACAAGACCAGAAAGGCUUUCACCAAGCACCACGAUUUGCAGUUGGCUGCUCGUGACAAGCCCAGCUACGACUGGCUCAUGGACAACUUUGGACAGACUGAGGGUAUUCAGAGUGAUCUUGUUCCUGAUAUUGCUUUCAUGUGGGGCAACCGAUCUGACUUUCGACACAACACAAAGAAGACCCACGAUAUUCUGAUUCUCGCCCGAAAGGAUGCCGAGAUUUCUGACGGUGACUCUGCUGGCAUUGAGUUUGGCGAGGGCAAGGUCGACCUAGGUGGCAGCAUCGGCAACGUAACAUACAACAAGGUCGACUGGAAGUUCACCAAGACCCCUUCGAUCGACGACGACGCCGAACGCGAGGAGGGUAAGAACCAGCGAGCGUGGGCCAAGUCGAUGGCGGGCUUUGAGCUCUUGGGCUCUGCUCACUUUGUCAUCACCGACCGUCUCCACGGUCACAUUCUAUCGACAGUUAUCGGCGUACCACACGUGCUGAUGGACAGCAAGUUGGGUAAGAACCUCAACUUCCACAACACAUGGACGCGCGAUUGCGGCUGCACCAAGAUUACAAAGAGCAUCGACUCUGCGUUUGAUGUGGCGCGCAUGUACUUUGAGCAGGAGGUCAAGGAUGGCCUCAGGGCUGUUGACCCGCCCAAGCCCAAGUCUGUACCUACACCUACUCCCCAGGCUGAGGCUGGCUCAUCAUGAUGAACUGGCUAGCAGCCAGAUAUAAUGUUUUCCUUACUACCCAUACCCAGCAUUGGAGCUCUUUAUUAUUGCCAAUGGUAUUUUUCUGCUUAGAGUUGGAUGGUUGCCCCGAGCCGGCUGGGGGAUAUUCUGCUAUUUUGAUGGGAGACACUUAACAUACACAUACCAACAUGUCACCCAUCUCAUCAUGAUGGAGCAGGCCUAUCUUGUCUGGGGCACUGAAUGGGGAACGGAACAGGGGAUACCAUGCAUGGCGCUACCAUAUUGUGUUUAAUUUCGUCACCGCAUCUUAGAUUUUUUACUCGUCUCUUUACAGUUAUGUCCUUGCCUGUCUGAACAAGAAUUGAGACAGAGCGAAAAAAGAAAAUCGCAUACACUGCGCCUCGCGUUUCGUUGCGAGCUGUACAAUAACGAAACCAAGAAUAAAACAAUCAUCACCUCACCCAAGUCUCACGUUGUUCACAGAGUGGCCAGUUCAGGGCCCAUUAUUCGCAAACGUGAUUGAUACACGCAUCGCCAAGCAUUCAAUGCCUUACUCAGGUUUCACAUAAUCAUCAUCCGGGCGGAGCAGCUUGUCCAUCUUCAUCAAAGGGCCGUCCACUUUUUCUUUCCCUCGAUUAUUUUUUUCGGGGCCAAGAUUCCUUAUAAUGCAACUCACCGAAACCUGCCCUAUCUUAAUCAAGAAAAUGACGAGCACGGAGGAAGUGAGAACUAAGACCUUGGGGAUCGUCUCUCUAAGCUGAAACGCUCCAUGGAUUCCUCCAGUCGGUCCCUGGCCACUGAGGCGAGUUUGUGUGAUUAUCACGCGGAGAAUAUCCCUACAUCGGAGUAAUGAAGGGAAGAGGAGAGAAAUGAAGGUAGUAUUCGGCCGAGGAGAUAAUGGAAGAUCAUGGACGGGGGAGGACAAGGUGAUGGGCUAUGCGUGUCUACAGCAAAACCUGAUUAUUGAUAUCUUGGCUCUUGUCUCGCUUCCCAUUUACUCUUGGCUACGGUUCGGUACAUUACAAUAAGGUAUCCUCGGGCGUUUUCUUGCAUCUGCAGUAAGGUAUGGGGAGGUAUUCCGGUGGAGUCUCAUGCAUUACUCGCGCCUCGAGUGCGUUUGUGCAAACAAUCAACGGCUGACUGAGUCGGCAUGGCACUGAUCAUCCUUCCGAAGCUUACAGCGGGUAAUACUGUAAAACAAAACAUCGAAUCCAUCCAUCCAUUCAUUCAAACUGACUGCAACCCUUAGCACAUAGACUUAAAAAUUGGCUUAUUUGUUUGAGUUUUAGUAAGGGGUCAUCC